AUGCUUUGGAACAGAGCCCAAGCAGGAGACAUGACUGUCAUGUUUGACCAUAGUACGGACAACAACAACGUUUCUUUUGUUCUCCCUACAUUAUUGCUUCUGCUGCAGAACAAAAGCUACCCCAAGACCUCCCUUCCUGCAGCUGACCAUGAGAUGACAGAGUCACCCCAGGAGCCCAGGCCAAGCAAGAACCGCACUGUCUUGCAGUAUGAGUUGAAGCCAGGGGAAAUUGUAUCAGCCAGCAUGGUUUUUGGAGUACUGUGGAUAAUUUCCAUCUUUGGAAACUCCCUCGUUUGCUUAGUGAUCCACAGGAGCAGGAGGACGCAAUCAACCACCAACUAUUUUGUUGUCUCCAUGGCUUGUGCAGAUCUUCUCAUCAGUGUUGGAAGUGCACCAUUUGUGCUGCUUCAGUUUACAGCAGGCAGGUGGACACUGGGGAAUGUGAUGUGCAAACUGGUAAGGUAUAUUCAGUAUUUCACUCCUGGAGUCCAGAUAUAUGUGCUCCUCUCCAUAUGUGUGGAUCGAUUCUACACUAUUGUCUACCCACUGAGCUUCAAGGUGUCAAGAGAGAAAGCCAAGAAAAUGAUUGUAGCAGCUUGGAUCUUUGAUCUUGCAUUUACAUCACCCAUUUUCUUUUUCUAUGGCUCCAAUGAGGAUGACCAUUGCAACUUUUUUCUCCCAGGUUCUUGGGAAGGAGCCAUCUACAGUAUUAUCCAUCUCUUGGUGGUGUUUUUGACCCCAUCCAUCCUCAUUAUCCUAUUCUACCAAAAGGUCAUUAAGUACAUUUGGAGAAUAGGCACUGAUGGCAGGACUGUUAGAAGAACAAUGAAUAUUGUCCCAAGAACGAAAGUGAAAACAAUCAAGAUGUUCUUAAUGUUAAAUUUAGUGUUUCUCCUGUCCUGGCUCCCAUUUUAUGUGAUACAACUGUGGCACCCAGAGGAAACAGACUACAGGAAAAGUUCCUUGAUUUUCAUGGCUGUCACAUGGAUCUCUUUCAGUUCUUCAGCUUCUAAGCCAACCCUGUACUCAGUGUAUAAUGCAAACUUCAGAAGAGGGAUGAAAGAAACGUUUUGCAUGUCCUCCAUGAAAUGCUACAGAAGCAAUGCAUACACCAUCACCACCAGCUCAAGGAUAGCAAAAAAAAAUUAUGUCGGGAUCUCAGAAAUCCCAGCACCAGCCAAAACUGUAACCAAAGACUCAAUCUAUCAUUCAUUUAACAGAGAAGCAAAAGAAAAAAAGCUUGCCUGGCCUAUUCAUUCAAAUCCUCCAAAUACAUUUGUCUAA